AUGACUCCAGCGGAGGGUGAGGGGCGCCCAGCCCAGGCCGGCCGGGAAGGGCGCUGGACUAGGGCAUCGAAGCGGAGCCACCUGAGCCGCCAGCGACCCGGUAGCGGCGGCAGAGGAGGCUGCGAAGUGCAACCGGAGCCGGAGCCCGGGGCGGGAUGGCAGGGGCGGAGUGGAGUCUGCGAGGGAGCGCAGGGGGAGGGGGUGAGCCUCGGCCGCGCCCCCUCGGGCGCGAGGCUGGAGCAGCGAUUGCCGGAGCUUCGGCGGCCCGCCCCGAGCCAGCGCGCCCCACGCCCCGUGCCCGGCAGCUUGGCCGCGCAGAUCCCAAACGGCUCUCGCCCUAAUUAUUCUCCCGCAGUCCAAGAUUCCGAACGCCCCCAAAUACUUCCAGAGGAGAAAGGAAGUCUCAUUGACUCAAGGCAACUGAACCCUUGCAGCACAGCUGCUGUUGAGUCCUCAUGGUCUGGAGGCUGUGCUCAAGAGCAGCAGCCGCUGCAGCGCGAAACCAGCGCACUGCACCUCGAGGAGCCCCGCUCACCACAGCUAGAGACAGCCUGCGUGAAGCAACAAGACCCAGCACCGACAAAAAUAAGUACUCCGACUUUCGUCAUAGUAAAAGAAUUGUCUUUGUCGUUAGCUAAGCCAGCCGUCAGGCUUCCGUGGCGGCUCAGACGUUGAAGAAUUCACCUGCAAUGCAGGAGACUGGGGUUUGAUCCCUGCGGCGGGAAGAUUCCCCCAGAGAAGGAAAUGGCAACCCACUCCAGUAUUCUUGCCUGGAGAAUUCCGUGGACAGAGGAGCCUGGUGGGCUACAGCGCGUGGGGUCACAAAGAGUCGGACACGACUGAGCACACAGCUCAAGCCAGCUGUCACCCUCCCGUUCCUGCCCCUCACCCCGCCCUCUUGUUCUUGUUCUGUCUUCUUGUCUUUCUCUUGUAUUACCGAUAGUUCUCUCCGCUGGAUAAUUUUUUAUUUUUUCAAUUUGGCUACCUCCUGUCUUAGUUGCAGCAUGCUAGGGCUGGAGGCACUCGGUCUGAGUUGUCCUGCCCUGGAAUCUUAGUUCCCCAACCAGGGAUCCAGCCUGUGCCCCCUGCAUUGCAAGGAUUCUUAACCGCUGGACCACCAGAGAAGUCCAAAAUGGGCAUUUUUUAAAACAGAAAACUUCAGAGGAGGUAUUUUACAUACAGAAUCCUUUGAGCUGGACCUUGUCAAAAAAUACUUAGUAGAGGUAAAAGCUAUAUGCCAAGUACAUUUCACUUAACAUAAAGCCUUGGCAAGAGUAAUUAAUGCAGAAAGAAACAAAUAAAACCCCACAUACACAAUUAUAACUAAUAAGAACAUUAAAAAGAUUUCUGGGGGCUUCCCUGGGGGUCCAGUGGUUAAGAAUCCACUUUCCAAUGCAAGGAACAUGAGUUAAAUCCCUGAUUGGGGAACUAAGAUCCCAUGGAUGUGGGGCAGCUAAGCUCACAUGGCAGAACUAGAGAAGCCCGGGCGCUGCAACAGAGACCCAGUACAACCAAAACAAACAAACAAAAAAACCUGCACAAUUCUUUUUCUAGUUUCUGAAAAGCUUGCAUAAAAGCAGCAAGAAACUGUUUUUGAAGGUCAGUAGAACAUAUCUGUAAAAUCACCUGGGUCAAAAGUUUUGGUAGGAAAGUCUUUUAAAAUUAAAAAAAAAAUAUUUCUUUAUCUGGCUUUGAUGGGUCUUAGUUGCCGCAAGGCAGGAUCCUCAAUCUUUGUUGUGGCUUGCAAACUCUUAGUAGCAACAUGUGGGAUCUAGUUCCCUGAACCAGGGAUUGAACCUGGGGCCCCUGUAUUGGGAGCACAAAGUCUUAGCCAAGGCUCCACUGGGGAAGUCCCAGUGAAAGUCUUUGAUUAACAUUUUAUUUAUUUAUUUAUUUUUAAACUUUGUUUGUUUGUUUGUUUAUGGCUGCUCUGGGCCCUCCACAGUGAAAGCAUGGAGUCCUAACCACUGGAUGGCCAGGGAAGUCCAUUUUGCUAUUUGUGUUUUCCCAGAAAUGUAUACAUUUCGUCUAGGCUUAUAAAUUCAUUAGUGUACGGUUGUUAAUACUAUUGUGCUGUUUUAUUUCAUUUUUGGCCACAAGGCACAUGAAACUUUACCCCAACCAGGGAUGGAACUAUCGCCCCCUGCGGUGGAAGCACAGAGUUUUCAGCACUGGACCGCCAGGGAAGUCCAAUAUUUUUAUUUUUAAAAAAAAAUCUGUUGAGGGAGCUUCUGAGUUGGGGAACAUGUGGAAAUGCAGGGACAAUGGUACUUGGAAAGGGGAUGGAAACUUCCACAUACUUUGCCCUUUACAUCUCUUCCAUUAGGCUGUUCCCUGAGUUGUAUCCUUUUACAAUAAACCAAUAAUCCAGUGAGUAAAGUUUUAAAAACCUGUUGUGUCAAAAUAAGUUCCUAAUGGCUUAAAGACUUAAACAUAAGAUAUAACACUAUAAAACUCCUAGAGGAAAACACAGGCAAAACAUUCUCUGACAUAAAUUUACCAAUGUUUUCUUAGCUUAGUCUCCCAAGGGAAUAGAAAUAAAGCCAGAAAUAAACAAAUGGUACCUAAUCAAACUUAUAAGCUUUUGCACAGCAAAGGAAACCAUAAACAAAACAAAAAGACAACCUACAGACUGAGAGAAACACUUGCAAAUGAUGCUACCGACAUGGGCUUAAUUUCCAAAAUAUACCAACAGCUCUUAUAAUU